CUUUCAGGGCUUCUUCCGGGUUUGACCCGACGAGCCGCGCUGGCGCCCGCGAUGCCGCGUCGGCUCACCUCCCGCCGGGCUGCGUCAGCCAACCAGAUGCGGACUCGUGUCAGGAUGACAGCUUCCCCCCUCUUCCUCCAAUUCUCCUCGAGACCCCCCGAUCGCCUUCCCUUGGAGCAACCUGCCAUUUGCUCCCGAGGGAAGCAGGGUCGCUGGAGUCCGUGUUGUGCGAUCAGGUUUUGCUUUAGGUUGCAGGCUAGGUGCUCGAUGGUAUUGGCCUGAGGUGAGAAGACGCCUGCUGCUCCGCUCGGUCUUCCGUCUGGAGGUGACCAACAACGUGUAGAAUCGAUGUCUCUUGCUUGCCUGUAGUUGAUUCUUCGCCAUGCUCGUCGAUUGACUUGUUUAUCUGCUUGCUUGUGUGGUGCAAAUGCAACCGUGUCGUUUCACUAUGAUUGCCCCUAGGGUUCCAGAACCAAUUCUAGGCAAUGGUGGUCGUGUUGUGCCCACUGCCUUUUGGUGGAGGAGCAUUCCUGCUGUGAAUGUAACGAGCUUUUAGCCUGGUAUUUUGUCCAACUGAAUUCAUGUUUCUCAUUUGGAACAUGGGUGGCAGUUUAACAGUCUUAUCUAAUAAGCCAAAUUUUGUUUCGUCCGAAUCAAAAGCCAGAAUACAUUUUAUUAUUGUUUGCUGAAACAAAGCAGAGUAUGAUUCUAUCACGUUUUCUUUUCCUUAAAAAAUGCUGGUAGUUGAAAAAUUGGUUGCCCAGUAACUAUAGCAUCAAGCACCGAUGAGCUGCUAGAACAGAAUUUUGAAAAAAAAAUUUGCUUCUCAUUGGUGCCAGCGAAUCAAUAAUCUGCAUUGAGUGACCUGCUUCUUGCUGUUCCUUUUGAUUUCGUUUUGUGUACAUUAUGUGCUCACCUUGGUGUUUUAAGUGGUCUCCAUAUAUCAACUAGGACACUGGAUUUCAAUCCAAAACAAUUUAAGCGUGAGCUGUGCAGGGAACAUAAUGAACUUCUUUUUAGACAAGUUUUGCAUCUCGAUUUGAUUUAUUCGUGUACGUGCUUCAAAAAAAAAUUAUAGUUUUCAAAAAAGAAAAUUGGUUUUGUUCUUAUAAGGAUUGAUUUGAGAUGUAAACCUUUUACCAGGUUGGUAAAUCUGAUUCUUUCCACAUGUACUGAAAUGAACUAUGUGUCAAUCCCCUUUUGAAAAGAAGCCUUACAGAUACAUAAUAUUUCAAGAGGAGAUAUUCAAUACAAAUUUGGAUGGCUUGCAGAUUUGGGAGCUUGCUGUACAGUGUCAAUAUUCAGUAUGAUCUAAUUGUGUUGGGUUAAAUAUAAGUUGUUCUGCUGUCGUUGUUGCAGUGAUUCCUCAAUGGAUUCUCUUUUAAGCAUAGCAUUCUUCCAAGUGUAGGAACAGCUGUCUGGGGUGAUAAUCUUAUAUGUCAAGAUAUUCACCUGAGGAGUCUCCGACAGAUCGGCGAGACCACUCGCUUUCAUAGCUGCUGUGACCAGAGAAGUGGAGAGGACAGCAGAAGCUAAAGCAAUGGUUCACCUGAUCUGCUGAGACUUGCUGCUGCUUCUUCUUCUGUGAACUGAGGUCAAGACUCUGGAGCAUUGGAUGUUUCUUACUAGAUCAAUUGCGUGAACAGCAGGCAUAGCACAGAGAGGGGGGAGGGGAGCUGUGGGACUCGUCAUUACAGCCUUUCCCCCGGACACCAUCCCAGCAGCACAGCUCAGUCCAGCCGAAAGCACGCCAUGGCAGAGGAGAAGAAGAAGCACAAGCACAAGCACAAGGAGAAGGAGAAGGAGAAGGAGAAGGAGAAGGAGAAGGAGAAGGGCGGCACGGAGCAGGCGGCGCACUUCAAGCCGUGUGCCGACGUGAAGGGCAUCCGGUUCGGGGGCCAGUUCAUCGUCAAGUCGUUCACGGUGCGGCGGGCGUCGCCGCUGGAGCUGCUGCGGCUGCUGGACAUCCCGCCGUCGUACCUGAGCGAGUGCCAGAGCCUGCCGUUCCCGUCCACCACCACCUACAUGCCCACCAGCUUCACCAUCCUGGCGCACCAGGCGUGGCACACGCUGACGCUGGGCCUGGGCACCAAGAAGUCCAAGGUGGUGCUCUUCGUGUUCGAGUCCGAGAGCAUGAAGGCGGCCGUGGACCAGCUGUGGCCGGCCAUGAUCCCGCUCGGGGACGUGAACAAGAAGCUCAUCCGCGGGCUCACCGGCAGCGAGAUGGCGCGGUUCAAGUUCCGGAAGGGCUGCCUCACCAUCUACGUCUACGCCGUGCGCCGGCUGGGCGCGGCCGGGUUCAUGCGCGCCGACGACCUCAGGCGGAUCCUGCAGUCGGUGGUGGACCUCAAGGACUUCCUGGACCACACCGCCAUGCUCGCCAUCCCGAGCCAGAAGAGCAUCACCCUGCAGUCCCGGACCGCGGUGGCUCACUGAGACCGCAGAGCAUCGGUCUCUGAUGGAGCCACGAGAACCUCGAUCGGUUCAGCACCGCAGAACAGGUACGCUGCGGCUGGACUUGUAAUCUCCAGCUCCAUAGGUCCUAAUUCUUUCUCGGUUGGAUUCGUUUGGUCAGUGUCGGUGCAAGUGUUCCCCUCCUCCUCUGCUGGGAGCAGCUGUAUAGAUCUGUUGAACAAAAAGUGUUUCAGCAAAUCAAACAUAGGUUUUUUUUUCCAAAGGCAAAUUUCCCUUCCAUGGAUCUUACAUUUCGUUAUACUCUUGUAGCCUUGUCCCCUGAAAUAAUCCAUCAAUGAAGCCAUCUGUUCUAUGGCACUUUCUGGCCGUACUGGACAGCACUCGCUGCUGUAGCUACGGUACAGUGCAGUCUUUGGAAUUCCUCCGCUCCUACAGUCCCUUCACCUCCCCACACUCAUUGUUCCACAGAAUUGCGAGCACCCUUUUUCGUACCAGGAUCGCACCCAGUUGCACAUCGCGCAGCUGUUUAUCUCUUGGACGCUGUUGCUUGUUAGGAUUGCCAAAUGGGGCUGUCGGUAUUCACUUCGAAGAAAAACGGAGCUGUCAGUCAGGACUCGAGAGAGGAAAGCGAACGCUACAGGAUCUGAGAGAAAGUGGUUCCCGUUAUCUGUUUUUCUCUCUCUCUCUCUCUCUCUCUUAUAAGCAGGUCUUAUCUUUUUUAUGUAGAAGUAGCCAUCAUGUCAUCACAGGUAGAAAAAAGAUGCAUACUACAUGCUAUCUUUUGACCUGUUUGAGGGCGGUGACACCAAUCUUUUCAGGGAUUUGCUCCAUCCUCUCCUCCCCGCGGCAGAGAAAUUUGACCAGGAUUUAAACACGGGCCAAGAGUCCGGAUAGGAAUACGCCCGGCCGGGCGGGGGGAUAUGCAGUCCGGAUAUGACAGAGCAUGCUCUUGCUAUUAUUUAAAAAAAAUGCAGUGCCGGGCCAUGAUCAUGGGGGAGGUAAAAGUUGGUUGGGCAUGACACUGGGUUCAGUGACGUGCAUGAUGAGUGGUUGAGCGGCAUGGGCCACCCACCACGCCCUUGAAUCAUGAGGAACAAAAGCCGUCUUCCGGGUCGCGCGGCGCCGAAGGACGACGGUGCCGUCCCAACUCCUGCGAACCUGCCUCCCGGAUCAUCCCCUUUUAUUUUGUCCUUGGAUCUCGUUGGUGUCAAUAAACCCCCAAGGUGUACUGCUGAAUCGGUGUGUACCAUGACCUUUUUUUUUUCCUGAAAGACUUUUCUCAACUUCUGUUAAGCUUAUUCAAAGC